UCAGCCUUAGAGCAUCAGUUUGUCAUUAGCCUGCCAAGCCUCACAAUACAGCGAAAACCGGGUGGCUUCUGUCUUCAAAUGCAGAGAACUGAUCAGAGCAUGUCAGAGCUAGAGAGUUCCAUGAUCGCCAUCAUCCAUGUGUUCCAUAAAUACUCGGGCCACAAGUGCAAGUUGAAGAAGGCAGAGCUCAAAGAGCUUAUCAAUAAUGAGAUGAGUCACUUCAUCACUAAUAUCCAAGAUAAGGAGACUCUGGAUGAGCUGUUUGCAGAUCUGGACCAGAACAGAGACCUGGAGAUCGACUUCCAAGAGUUCAUCGUGCUGAUCGCCAUGGUGACGUCAACGUGCCAUGAUCUCUUCAGCACGUUUCACCACCAUUAGUGACACAAUAUGGCGUUCCAUAAAUUCCAGGGUCCUCUUCCAGGCGUCCUCUUGGGUGGCAGCAUGCGGUACCAGGUGCCCUCCCCAGAGAGUGAUCACUAUAUGGAAAAACAACAGGACAGCAUGGGAAAUAACCUGAAAAUACUAAUCGCAAUGUAGUUCCCUCAUUUCUGAGAUACUGCAUGUUAAUUAUAAUGUCUGUUACCAUUUUGUCAAAUACCCUUUUUUGGAAACCCUUUAAAUUUGAAUGCAUAUGUUAGUGCUUGUAAGUGGAUAUAUAAAUGAAGAAUA